AUGUUGAAAACAAGUCAGAUUGGCUGCGGUCUUCUGACAGCAGCCACCAAAGAAAAAACAGAUGCAAAGCCUUUUAUCAAUUGCAAAACAGUAUACAAUGUGUGUUAUUACUCACAGUUGUCUUACUGUGACCAAACACUUUAUAAGCCUGCGGCAAGUCAGCCUUACUCUCAGGAAGUGGACAAUAUUUGGGGAAGGAGAAGCAGCAGGAUAUUUCAGGACAGUAGCCUUGAUUCCCUCCGGCCCCGGGAGCCGCAGCAGGACCGGCCAGGAGGCGCCACGGAGGGGAGCCCCAUCCCGGUGCUGACAGUGCCCACCGCGCCCUACGAGGACCAGCGGCCGGCCGGCGGCGGGGGUCUGCGGCGACCCACCGGCCUCUUCGAGGGCCAGCGCAGCUACCUGCCCGACUUUAUCCAGAGCGUGCUGUCGUCCAUCGACCUGCGCGACCGUCGGGGCUGCACCAUGGUGGUGGGCAGCGACGGCAGGUGCUUUAGCAGGACGGCCAUCGAGAUCGUGGUGCAGAUGGCCGCGGCCAACGGGGUGAGUGUCCGGAUGCCCCUCGCUUCCCGCCGCGCUGUCGCCAUGCCCUCUCCUAGCCCUUGUCCCCCUGCUGCCUCCGGGCCCAGCUGGGAGGCCCCUGCCCGGCGCCGGCUGUGCUACCUCGCUCCCGCGUCCUCACCCUCCAGCGCCCCACUCCCGCCGCGCUCGCAGCCUCCCCGGCGCACCCCGGACACUGGGUUCUAUUAG